CACGACCACCUCCCCGCAGACACUGACACUGGUCUGCAAUCUCAAUCUCCAUCUCGAUCUGCGGCGCCUCCAUAUCUGGCAACUCCGUCGCCCCCUCUUCACCUAAAGACGCGAAGCAGCUUCUGCAUCUCCUCCUCCCCCUGCUUCUUCUUUUCUAUCUGUUUCCGAGACUUGAGUGCAGUUCUUGUCCUGCCAUGGCGGGGAAGGGGGAGGAGAAGCGGAGAGAGGCCGACUUCUUCUUGGAGCGCGAUGAAGUCGACGACGACAGCGAGCACGGAGAUCUCGAGGUGAACAAGAUCGGAGGUAGCAGCAGCAGCAGCGGCAGCAGCAGCGAGGAGGAGGGAGAAGAGGGGGCAGGCGGCGCCGGAGGAGGCCGGAGCGGCUCGCUCAUCGCCUUCGUGUCUCAAAGGUGGCCGCAGAGCUACAGGGAGACUACAGAUUCUUACACCAUCUCGAUGUCGCCAAACUUUGGAUUUCUCAGUCGCUCACCGAGUAUUAGAUAUUCAAGCUAUGACAAUGAUUACAGCAAGAGCAACAUUGACGCAGGUUCAAAAUCUCCUUUACUGACUGAAGAGUAUAAACAUUCAAGGGAGGAAGAUGUGGUAUCAAGAGCACAAUCAUCAUAUUCAGCUAAGUCUUCAUUUCGCCGACAGAUUACGGGAGAAUUGCCGAUCAGUCAUGGAUGUAGCUUCACCCAGACUGUUUUCAAUGGGAUUAAUGUACUGGCUGGAGUGGGGCUUCUAUCUACACCUUACACAAUAAAAGUAGCUGGAUGGGCAAGUCUGGUGAUUUUAGUUCUGUUCGCCAUCAUAUGCUGUUACACUGCUUCUCUCAUGAGAGACUGCUUUGAAAGCAAAGAAGGCAUCAUUACAUAUCCAGAUCUAGGACAAGCUGCCUUUGGGAGAUAUGGGCGUCUUUUCAUCUCUAUCAUUUUGUACGCUGAAUUAUAUUCAUAUUGUGUGGAGUUCAUUACUUUGGAAGGGGAAAACCUCACCAGACUAUUUCCGGGAGUAUCAUUUAAUUGGUCUGGUUUUCAGCUGGAUUCUUUGCACUUUUUUGGAAUUUUAACCGCUCUCAUUGUGCUACCUACAGUUUGGUUGAGGGAUCUACGAGUAAUAUCAUACCUCUCAGCUGGAGGAGUAAUUGCUACAGCUUUGAUUGUUCUUUGUGUGGUGAUACUUGGUACUAGAGAGGGUAUUGGAUUUCACCAGACAGGUCCCUUGGUCAAUUGGAGUGGCAUUCCAUUUGCCAUUGGUGUGUACGGAUUUUGCUACUCUGGACAUUCUGUUUUUCCAAACAUCUAUCAGUCAAUGGCUGAUAAAACAAAAUUCAACAAGGCAUUGAUCGUGUGCUUCAUCUUGUGCGUCUUAAUAUAUGGUGGCAUUGCAGUCAUGGGAUAUCUCAUGUUUGGUCAAAGUACACUAUCCCAGAUCACCUUAAAUAUGCCAGGACAUUUUAUUGCUUCCAAAGUCGCCAUAUGGACAACAGUCAUCAAUCCGUUCACUAAAUAUGCUCUGUUGAUGAACCCACUGGCACGGAGCCUAGAAGAGUUGCUGCCUGCAGGAAUCUCAGACAAUUUUUUAUGUUACAUUCUGCUUAGAACAACCCUGGUCAUCUCCUCAGUUUGUGUUGCUUUCCUUCUUCCUUUCUUUGGUCUUGUAAUGGCUUUGAUUGGUUCCCUCCUAAGUGUUCUUGUGGCAAUAAUUGUUCCAGCUUUGUGCUUUCUGAGGAUCAUGGGGAACAAAGCGACAAAAAUGCAGGUUGUUCUGAGUACUGCAAUCGUUGUCGUGGGUGUCAUCAGUGCUGCGCUGGGGACGUAUUCUGCCAUUUCCCAGAUUGCAAAGAGUUACUGAAGAGGAGAUUCAGCCACUCAAUCCAAUAGAGCUUUAGGCAUCAUCAGUCCCUUCUAUACUUAUAAGCUUCAUGGAACUUCAGCACCAGAUUAAUGUGAUUAUCAACAGUCUUUUUUGUAGUGUUAAUUGCUCAGUUCAGAGAAAAAAGGAACAGGAGUAAAUGCUGUCCUUGCUUUGUGUGUGUUAGUGAUGCUGGCUAGCGUUACUCUUUGACUCGUGUGGGUGAUUUUCAUGUUUGUAACCUAUCGAUCAGAGGUGUAAUAGAACUGCUUAACUAAGAACGAAGGGAAAUUGGAUUGGAUUUGGAAA